AGUGCCAACACACGAGCGAUAUAGGUGUAGCGGCGUGGAUGCGUUCCGUAACAGUCGUAUAAACCGGUUUGAUUGUAAUGGUAGGACCAGACCGAGUCGUGCGGGGAGGGAACAAGCUCUCGCCCAUGCCCGAGGCCCGAGGCCAGCCAGUGCUGCGGCGAUUCCUGUCCAGUGACAGUUAAAAAAACACGCAUGGAAACAUUUAUUAAAGGCGUACGUUCACAACCUUGUCUCUGGAACCCACUGCAUCCUGAUUACCGGGAGAUGCAAGUCAGGGAUAACGCAUGGCAGCAUGUUGUAAAACUUUGCAACAACAGUUCUAUACCUAAUAUUAAAGCAGCAAGAAAUGAAUGGAAAAAACUUCGUGAUAAUCAUCGAGAGGCUCUCAAAAGAGCUAAAUUAGGUCAAAACAAAUUGUUACCGGCUCAAAUAACGACAUGGAAAUAUGCUAAAGCGAUGCAGUUCUUAGAGCCUCACAUGAAGUAUCGAAUUACAGAAAACAUUGAGAUGGAUUCACCAGAUGGAACGCCUUCUAAAAGUGUCGAACAGGAUAUCUCCACGACUGAGAUUCCCGAAUUAGGAUCAAGAGGCAGUCCAAAAAAUAAAAAACGUUGCAGUGAUUGUUUUACCGAUAAAUCAAGUCAUCUCAAUAAUACUGAUGCCUUAGAGUCGUUUUUUAAUUGUAUGUUGAAAAGUACUAGACAAAUGCCACUAUGGAUGCAAACUCAAGUGAAGAAAAAAAUAUUUGGUAUAAUAAUUGAUGCGGAGGAACAGCUUUCAAGUGACCAAAUUGAUACUAAAGAUGAAAGUAAUUAUUUUAUGAUAAACAAAAUUAAACCUGAAGUGUUUUCAGAAGAUAGCUAUGAUUCAUAAGCACUUUAACACUAAAUAAGUAAUCAAUACGACACAUAUUAUUUUUUUUUUUAUAUUAAUACUAUAUCAAUAUUUUAAAAUCAAGAAAAAAAAAUUUCACCAUUACUUCUCGACAAUCGUCCUGUGUAUAGUGUAGAUACAGUUGGGUACAGCUCUAGAUCUCCAAAUUUAAGAGAAUUUGAACAACUGUGGAAAUCAGGGCCACCAUACUGCAUGGUAAAUAAGGAUGAUCUUGAUUCCAUUCCUUUAAACCAUUUAUUAUUUUCCCAGAAAUUAUUAUCACGUUGCGCACGAUGACGGAACUGUAAUUGAUCAUUAUCAUACAUCUAUAUAGGAAGAAAUACAAAUUUUAAUUUAACUCAAAUAAAGACUCACUAAGAAUUACUUUGAAAAAGUAUACCUAGUACCAAUGUAUUACUUACUUCACUUUUUUCUUUUCUAUUACUGGGGUCAUCGGAACUAAUUAAAAUGCCACUAACAGU